AUGGCGUCCCAAUCACCUACAGGUAUGUAUUUAACUAUAGAUGUUCAUUACAGUGGAGUAUUUGCCCGAAAUCCGUUGAAAUACUUAGACCUCGAAAAGAUAACAGUGCGUGAUGUCGAUUUUGGAGGGUUUUCCUACAAAGAGUUUCUUUUGUGGCUUAGGAAUUUAACAAAUGGAAGUUGUGAUAAUGUGUACUACUGUAGUAGAAAGGAAACCUUAGGUGAGGGUAUUAUAAGAAUCGACAGUGAUGCUGAUUAUUGGGAGUUUGUUGAAGCUACUUAUACUCCUGAAGCUGAGUUGGAUGUCUACAUUGACCAACAAAAUGACCCAAUCCUUGAUUGGGCUGAAAAUGAGGUGUUAUCAGAUGGUAAUGGGUAUGAUAGUGAAGAAGAGGAUGAGAAUGUAGAAGAGGAUGAGAAUGUAGAAGAGGAUGAUAGUGAAGAAGAUGAUAACUUGGAUGGUAUUAUGGCAUAUGAGCAUGAAGAGGAUGAAGAAGUCCAUACCUUUAACAAAACUGUUGGUGAUGAUUUUUUAAACAAACUUUCAGGUAAGCUUAGUGAUGAUGAUGAACCUAAUGAUGGAAAAGAUGAGAAGGUUGUAUUCCCUGUCCAUGAUGAGAACCAAGCAUGGGAUAAGAUGAUGCCAAUUCUAGGUAUGAAGUUUGCAAACCCAAUGCAUUUGAAGCUAUGUCUAACCAAUUAUGCAGUGAAGAAUGGGUAUGACUUGUGGUACAAAAAAAGUGAUCAUAACAGGUUACUAGUGAAGUGUUGUAAAGGUAAGAAGAACAAGAAUAAUAAAGGUUGUCCCUUUAGGUUGUGGGCAACCUGGAUGAGCAAUGAAAGGUCAUUCCAGAUUAAAUCUUUAAUUGAUAACCACAAUUGCUCAAGAGUCUUCAAGUUUGGGUCCAUUGUUACCUAUAAAUGGAUAGGUAAUCAUUUCAUGAAUCAGAUUCUCCAGAAACCAAAAAUGAGUGUGAGUAAAUUGAAGGCUAAAGUUAGCAAGACAUUUAAUUUGAUUGCAAGUGUGGGACAGUGCAGAAAUGCAAGGAGGUAUGCAUUUAAGGAGAUAGAGGGUACUUUAAAGGAACACUAUGCUAAAACUUGGAGCUAUGGAGAAGAGCUAAGGAGGACUAACCCUGGAUCAACAGUGAAGAUGGAUGUAGAUGCCAUGCCUGAUGGAGCCACUUACUUCUCAAAGUUCUAUGUAUGUUUAAAAGGUGUGAAGGAUGGAUGGAUUAAAGGUUGUAGAAGGGUAAUUGGACUAGAUGGCUGCUUCUUAAAAGGUGUUUGCAGAGGUCAGUUGCUUGCUGCAGUAGGCAGGGAUGCAAACAACCAUAUCUACCCUCUUGCUUGGGCUGUGGUUGCAGUUGAGAGUAAGGAAACAUGGAAGUGGUUUGUUGACCUUCUCCUUGAUGACAUUGGAAUGGGAAAUGGACAUGGGUUGACAUUAAUAUCAGACCAGCAUAAAGGAUUACUUGAGGCUGUCAAGGAAAGGGUACCUGCAACAGAGCAUAGACAAUGUGCAAGACACAUAUGUGCUAAUUUCAUGAAAAAAUUCAAGGGUCAACAGUUUAGUACACUUUUCUGGAGAGCUGCUGCUUCUACUACCUAG